AACUGACGUUAUAUAUCAUUCGUCCAACGGGUGCUGCCGUCGUCAGUCGUCGGAUUUUAUAACAAAUUCAAUGGUUUCUACGUUAAAAAAAACUGCGUAACACUAGAUUUUUUUCGAAUAAGCAGUCCAAUCAAAAGUCUAAUCAGCAGUUGACACCACUGCUUUCAACAACGACAGCCGCUUCUAUAUAAUCAGACUAUUUUUCAUAUUUGGAAGUAUAAUUUUAUCCUUAGAUAUGUUUUGUAAAUAUCAAAAUGCGAAAGAAAUUAGAUAAAAAUUACUUAUAAACAAUUCAAACAACCAACUGAUUCCAAAAAUUAUUUUUCAAUUUUUUCAUUCGUCUGCCAAGCUCGUGCCGCGAUCCAAAACCGCCUUGACAAUUUAUCGUGCGAUCAGAGUGAGAGAGGAUGCAUUAAGGAAAAAGAAGGCUAAAACUUAUUAUCAUGACGCAUUUUGAUCGAGUAUAGUUGGAGAUUGGUGGGGACGACGUCGACGACGACCAAGGGGCAAGCGAUAUGAAAAUAAUACGAAGUGCAAAUAAUUGGUGUGAAAAUAUUGAACAGUAACGACAAGCCAUUUUUGUGCAAAAGUUGUACACAGACAUUGAGAAAAUGUUUUUUAUUUUUUUCCCGUUGAAACUCCAAUCGGAUCGGUAUCUCGAUUUUUGUUAAUUAUUUUGUUUGUGGAUUAAAGUUAUCAAUACAAUACAAUAAUAACAAAACUCGUAAUAUACAACGGACAACAUUUAAUACGACGAAAGUGCAUGAACAAAUCUGUUGAAUAAAGAUAUAACGGUUUGAUCACAUUUAAUCGGAUGAUUCAACCUAGGACCCGAAGUUUUCGGUAUUUGUGACGGCCAGAUUUUUAUUCGCACACAUAUGCGUGUAUGUAUGCGAUUGAUUCCACGAUGCGAUAUGUAAUUAAGAGAAAAGAUAAUGAUUACAUUUGUCCCUAUACAUACGCUGCUGGGAGCCAUUUUCUAAAUUAAAAAAAAAUGUGUUUACAAAAAUAAGUGGUGGCAUUGUCGAGCGAAAUUGCAAAAAAAUAAGGCGAUCGCGAAGUGAAACUGCAACCGUAUUUUGUCUUGAUGAUUUCUUCUAAUUGUUUUACGGAAAGGUUUAUGCGAUUGUGUGAAAAUGCGUAAAAUAAAUCUUUGCGCCAAAAUCAUCCAACAGUCUUUUCUCAUUCUUUUUCUGGGUAUACAAUAGUCCUAUAUAUGGCUGCGCGAUGUGCAAUUUUUUAUGUUCGCUUCAUAAGAUUACACGUUAAUCCAUUUAUUUAUAUCGUGAAUGAAAACGUAUACGGGAAUGGGACUGUCGAUCGCCGGGAAAAUAUUUGAAUGUAAACACCGAAAGUAUGAUCUUAAGGAAUGGUAGUUCGCGUAGAUAAAGUGCCAAAUCGGAAUGAGCAGCAGCAGGAUGAAGGUCAGUCGAUGCAGCAGGAAGAGUUUAUCAGCAGUGAAGAAGCUGCUGAUGAAGAUUUUUGGCGAAAAAAACAAAAACUUACUGGUGGAAAAGUCAACGCUAACGGAAUAUGUGAAAAGGGCGGUUGGGAGGUCACCGGGGUUGAAUUAUCAGGAGUGAGCAACGGGGGCAAGAAUUGUGAGAAUUUCAGGGAUAAUUGGUUGGAUGAAGAACGGCAUAGAUCGCGAUCAAUCGUGGUUCGUCGUGAGAGCGGUGAUAAAGCUACUUCCACGGAUAACGAUUGCAGUGAAUUCAGUGAAGCAGAGAACGAAAAUGUUAAAGCCGAGACAAUUCAUUACGAAUCUAAUGGAUGUUUGGAACUGAACGAGGAAGAAGAUGAUGAAGAGGAAGAAGAAAUUGAGAAUGUGAACGGUUGGAUAAAAAAAAAUGUCGUCGCGCCACAAGUUCAACAACAAGAGACUCAUUCCGAUGAUAACAAUGACCAUGCGAUCCAAAAAUUUAUGCCAAAUCUGAACAAAACAGCGAUUGGCGAAGUUAACGUUGUUAAUUCGAAACACGUUAAUUUCGGAGACAGAAACUUUUACAAGGGACCUGUAACUAUUAAACAAUUCGUUUAUACAAAUGCCUAUCCAAUACAGGAAAAAGAUAAAGUUCCGAUUAACAAUAACAUCAAUGUUGCUUACAACGGUCGAAUGUCCGAUGUUGAACUCAAUGAGGUACCUCGUGUGAAAGGGGAUCAAGCCGUUUUACAUCCAUUCGGUGAUUACAGUUCUGCUACAAAAUGGAUGUGGUCAUGGCGAUGCGCCGUCAUAUUGUGCGCCUUAGCUUUAAUAUCCGUGACGAUCGUCGUAGUUGCCUCAGUCUUUUUAACAAGUAGAAAUAACAUUGUAAUGCCGGUAUUGCCAGAUGCCCCAACUUCCGGAACAAACCCAGAUGACGUCUGGGUGGAUUCGGUACGAUUUAUUGAAAGAAACGAAUGGCUCGCUCAACCGCCAACAGAAUCGCUUUCAAAACUGGAGGAAGUUCCGGUACCAUACGUAAUAAUAAGCCACACAGCAUCAGCGCCUUGUGUACUGCAAAGUGAGUGCGUGCAGAGGGUUCGACGAAUCCAGUCUUUCCACAUAGAGGGAAAUGGUUGGUCCGACAUUGGAUACAACUUUCUCGUGGGCGGCGAUGGUCUUGCUUACGUUGGACGUGGUUGGGAUGCCGAGGGGGCGCACGCUUUUGGGUGGAACAAAAAAAGCAUCGUUGCACAAUGUUUUUGGAGUUGGCGAUGCGGUCUUGUGUUGUGCCUCAUAGCUUUAGCUUCAGUGACCACCAUUGGAAUCGUUUCAGUAGGUUUGUCAAAAAGCGACGAGACAGAAGAUACUCCAGGUACCGAUACUCUACGAUUCGUCCAACGAAAUGAUUGGUUAGCACAGCCACCACAAGAUCUUCCAACCAAAUUGUCCAAACUACCCGCUCCGUACGUUAUAAUAAGCCAUACAGCGACCGAGUCGUGCAAUACUAUGAGCGAUUGCAAAUUGCGUGUUCGGACGAUUCAAACUUAUCACGUGGAGUCUCAAAACUUCUCCGACAUUGCGUACAAUUUUUUGGUGGGUGGCGACGGUUUUGUUUACGUUGGACGUGACUGGGACAUUGAAGGAGCUCAUGCUCACGGGUGGAACGACAAGAGCAUCGGGUUGAGCUUUAUCGGCACUUUCAACGAUAUUCCACCGAAUAAGCUACAAUUACAGGGGGCUAUAAAGUUACUAGAGCUUGGCGUGGAACUAGACAAGUUAAUGGUCAAUUACACUCUUCUCGGACAUCGACAAGUAUCCAAAACAUUGAGUCCUGGUCAGAAACUUUUCGAUAUCAUUACAAGUUGGAAACAUUGGUCGAACAAAUCAUAUGCUCUAGCUGAACAAUGAAAGUGAUUUUAUAAUAGUGAUGAUGACAUCACUAUUAUAGAAUCAUACUUCAAAACGUGGGGGAGAAAAAAAACGCCAAACGAGAAAUGCCUUUUCUUAUUUUUUAUCGCUUCACCAAGUCUUCGACCGCACAAACUUAUAAUAAAAAUUGUAAAGAUUUUCAGUUAUGACUGAGUUUUCAUUGCUUCAUCGCGUUUGAUUGCUGUAUCUUCUACUAAUUUAAUUUUCCGCUUUUUCUCAUAAUGUUCUAUUCGAUUCUCGAGGCUUUCUGAAAUUGAGAAAAUAUUUGGACCCAUUGAUGAGGAACGAAACAUUUAUUCAACAAGUAAUAAAGUAAUUAUACUAACCACAA